AUGGUUGCUGCAGACGAUACCACGAGCGGCACGCAGCGCAAGGUAAGCGCGUCAGCCAGCUACCGCCUCGUGGGUACGAUUCCGUCGGGCGAAGUGUACGGCGAUCGACACCUCUGGAACGGCACCAACAAACGCGUCGACGAUUCGUUGCACCACUGGCUUCUGCAGCGACCAUUCGUGACCAUGCUGCGAGCCAUGGAAUCCUCCGACGUCGUGCUCAUUGACAGGGCUGAGUUUGCCCUUGUCUUGCACACCGAUUGCAGUGACCGACCGCUGCUCGAAGUAGCAUCCAUUCCACCGAUGGAGCGCAGGCCGUUGGACCGGGCUGCGUUGCACCGGUGGUGCAUAUGGCAAGCGGGGCUGCAGCAACUCCCCGAUGCUAUCGUGGACCGGCUUGUUGAAGUCAUGACAGUCCUAUCCUUUCCAGCGCAAAAGCACGUGUACAACCAAGCAAGCGAAGUCGAUGCCACGUACUUUCUCGUGUCGGGCGCCGUCUCGCUGCACGGCCACGCAGAAAGGCCACCGCGAACGGUGCUGCCUGGUGACUUCUUUGGGCACGACGCACCACCAGGUCAUUACCGCCGAUUGGACAUCGCCUCAACCACUGAACCCUCGGUGCUGCUUAAGAUCCCACGCAGUGCUUGUGCGUUGUGGCUUGAUGGCCUCUUGCCAGGACUGCCGCUCUGUGCCUCGUCGCUUCUGGCAAAGUGUCCUCUUGGUCGAUUUGCCGCACGUGAGGACGUGGAGAACGUGACGCGGCUGCUGCACAAUCUCGGGCUUCUCACGCACGUACCCCUCUACUUGCGCCUCGAGCUGGUGCCGUAUUUGGUGCUGCAACACGUGGCCGAAGGCGACGUUGUCUGCGCCGAAGACAGAGAGGACGUCGAUCCCAUUUUUGUCAUCGUCUUGCGAGGCCAGCUCGGCGCGUACAGUCGAGAGCAUAUCGAUGCAUGUCCGGACGCGCUCGAGGGGCACCCGUUAUGUCAAUCGUCGUCGCAACUCGAACCCGCACCAGCGACGGAGAGCGAUCAUCCGCUCGGUGCAGCAUACGGGCGGCGCAUUCACACAUUUCGGCGCGGCGACGUGCUGCAGACGCACGGCGCGGUCGAUGAGAACGGCGACAGGAUCCUCCCCAUGACGAUUCUGGCGCACACGGCCAGCACGCUCUUCGUCUUGCGAGCGCAGGACGUCACGAGCACUCUCCAGCGCCUAGGGGAGCCAACAAAAACCAUGUACAUUUUUCUCGACGGCAUCGCGACCGCCUCCAAGAUCCACACCAAGCACAUCUUGUCUCCGGUGGACUUGCCGUUGACGACAGCCGUCAGUGCUGUCGCACCGAUGCGAGACAUUACGAGCAACUUCAAAACGACAAGCAAGACGCUCAUGGCACCACGUCAUGAGAAACGCUCCAAGUCGGUGCUGCCGACGAUUAUGAAGCUCUCGAAGCGCAUCCCCGCCUGCAAAGAAGUGCUCGCGACAGACAGCCCGAACCGCCGGGUGAGCGCGUCGUCCUUGUCAACGUCACUGCAUACGUGCUGGACAUUCAAGGCGGGCGACGUGUAUGGCGGCGAGAUCGUCUUUGCGACACCCGCGACAAGCAUGGCCAAGGCCCACUGGGUGCGCGCCAACGUUAAGGUCGCCGAGGGCAUCAUGGGCCAAGACACUGCCAAGAAGCCUCGGUUUUGGCACCUCGUCGAGCAAGCUGUGAGCCAGCGCAUCAAGCUCAUCAUCAAGCAUCUCGCCAACAUGACCAUCUUCCAGAGCAUGUCGGACGAAACCAUGUCCAACAUCGUGGCGUCGGCCAAGUACGACACAUUUGAGAAGGGGCAAUGGAUUUACGCCCACGGCGAUGCGCCCAAGCGCUACUACGUCGUCGUCUCGGGCAAAGUGAGUUUGUUUUCGUCGCUUCCGUCCCUUGAGCACGUCGCACUCAAGCGCGUGGGGCCGGGCCAUGGAUUUGGCGAAUUUGAAAUCUUGACCAAUCAAAUGACGCGAAACCUCUCGGCCAUGGCGCAUGAUACGACGCAGCUCAUCUCGUUUACGGCGCAAACGUUUACGGAGCUCUGGGAAGCCGCGACGUUGACUACAAUGCGCCGUGAGGUGUCCUUUUUCCAGACUCUCGGCUGGGCGUCACGCCUCGACCUCGACCGUAUUGGUCACUUGUACCACGCAAUGACCGAGGUCGUCUACACCAAAAGCGCGGGUACGGCUUCACACUUCAUUGCCUGA